AUGUCCAGUGAGAAGAGGAAGGCCUCCAGCUCAGAGGAGCCAGUGUGCGUGCUGUGUGGCCGGGCAGACGAUGACCCGGACAUCUUUGGGCGCACUAUUGGCGGCGAUUUCGUGACUGUCCACGAGUUCUGCUUGGUUUUUGCCCACAUCGCUUUUGAAGAAAGACCCCCAGAGGAGGAAUCUACGGGCAUUGACCUUGCUGCCCUCACGCGCAAGGCCAAGCAGGCAAACAAGGAGCAAUGCUGUGUCUGCGGCGAGAGGGGGGCUGCCAUCACAUGUGCAGAGAGCGGCUGUGCACGCAGCUUCCAUCUGCCCUGCGCUGCAGACGGAGAAUGCAUCACACAGCAUUUUGGAGAGCACAGGUCCUUCUGUUGGGAGCACCGCCCUCGACAGACACCGGUGACAACUCCAGCAGAAGACACCAUCUGCAUCAUCUGCCAGGAGACCGUGAGGGGCAGCUUGGACUAUCACACCAUGGUGUGCCCCAUGUGCACACGUGCCUGGUUCCACCGGGGUUGCGUCCAGAAACAGGCAUUGAAUGCGGGCACGACGUGCUUCCGGUGCCCCAGUUGCAGAGACGACGCAGUAUUCUGUGCCGUGAUGUCUACCAUGGGAAUCCGAAUCCCAGCCAGAAGACCAACAUGGGACGACGACGGUUCCUAUGAAUCCCUCCUCCAGAGGCACCAGCGCUGCGAUGCCAGGUGGUGCCUUUACCCUGGAGGCAGAGAGCAGGCAGAGAGAAGGGGGCCCUGGCAGCUGAUCCUGUGCAGCUCCUGCGCUGCUGAGGGCACUCACCGACAGUGCUCCCCCUUGAGCAACACAACAGCCACGUGGGAGUGCGACAGCUGUGCUGGCCUGGGUACCGCCGCCAGCACCAUCCCGGAGCGUGCUGGGCCCAGCACUGCCAGCCAGGAGGGCCUGCAACCAUCCCACGGCCCCCAGGAACCGGAGGACAGCAGGUCCGGCCCCACCAGCCAGGCGGCAUCGGGGCCAUCACACAGCUCCCAGCCGCCAAAGCUCAGCAGUCAGACCUGUGAGCUGGGGACCGAACAGGGGACGAUCCCCCCACAUUCUCCUGACCAUCAGGAUGCAUCUGAGCUGCACCAAGCACCCCGUGGCAGCAGACGCACGGCAGCCCCAAGAGCUGAAAGCAGCUCACAGCCAGCCACCAGACGGGGCUCAUCGCGAUCCUCCAGAGCAGCCACAGUGGCUGCACGCAGAAGGCGUUCCAGGCAGCGGGGAACAAGCCGGACACGAAGCCGCUCCCCGCUGCAAGGUCGGGCCGCAGGUUCCCAGAGCCGGACCAGAAGGCCUCAGGGCAGCAGGCGAACACCACCUCCAGCUGCUCAGGACAGCGCCCAGAGCACCACCAGGCCGGUGACACGGAGGUCCUUGAGGGCUCCCCUGUAUUCACACCCUGGGGAACGGCCUGGGCGGCCAGGGGAGGCCCGCGUGUGA